CCCGCUCCCAUGGAUCAUACAAUAUUUAGCUGCCUGCGCAGCCCCCAUGCUCCUGCACAGAGUCUGCAUCACUUCUCUCAGUCUCCACUGGCUCUCCAUGGAAGAUCAGACCAUGUGGCUUUUCCAGACCUGUCUCCUUCUUCUUGUAUCAUAACGGGAUUUCCUAAUGAAGAAAGCAUGUUUACAGCCCAGCGUCAUCAUCAUCACCUACAUCACCACCACCGAGGUCAUCCCCAACACCAGCCGCACCAGCCCCAGCCCCAGGCACCGGCCGCUGGCCAGGCGACAUGGCACAUCCCUCAGAUCUCCUCACCCCCUCCCCUGGCGCGGCACACCCUCUGUCUCCAGUCAGAAUCCGGGCCCCCGGAACUGGGCUCCAGCCUGGUGGACAGCAGUCCCAGUUUGACCCCCAGCAACCCGCCCUGUGUGUCGGGGGAUUACGGGAGGCCGGGGGUCACCCCAGUGGAGACAGAGAAAAGGAAUUCCAAGAGGAAAAGUGACGCCUCAGAGACACAAGAAUGCAGCUACAAAGGAGAGAUGAACAGCAAACCCAGAAAGGAAAGAACAGCCUUCACUAAAGAGCAAAUUCGGGAAUUGGAAGCUGAGUUUGCUCACCACAACUAUCUGACCAGACUGAGAAGAUAUGAGAUAGCAGUAAAUUUGGAUCUCACUGAAAGACAGGUCAAGGUGUGGUUCCAGAACCGGAGGAUGAAAUGGAAGCGUGUUAAGGGAGGCCAACAAGGAGCUGUCGCAAGGGAAAAAGAACUAGUGAAUGUGAAGAAAGGGACGUUACUGCCCUCUGAGCUGUCUGGUAUCUCCACAUCAGGAGCUCAUCACGCUGGAGACAUUCUCUCAAAUGAUGAAAGCCAGGACAGUGAUCACAGCACUGAACUGGGCCAUUUGUGAUGUACAAAGAAAGGGAAUGUCUCAACAGAUUCUCAGGAAAGAAAUGGCAUGAGGAGAAUGCAAAAAACAUUGUCGUAAAGUCUCUGUGUGAAUGACUCCUUGUGGACAUGAUGCAAACAUCAGAGCCUCUGAACAUUCCAUAUUUGAAAUGACAAUUGGACAGUUUGCAAGUUUAUGCCUUGACUUCCACUGUAAAUAAGAGCAGAAAUUGAUUCAAAGAUACAAAAUAAAUAUCAGCAGAAAUUCAACAGAGAAUAACAGGGAAGAUUUCUUUUGUGUAAAUGGUGAAGCAGAAUAAUAAACCCAUUUAUGACGAAUGACUAUUUAAUCUUGCCACAGAAGAAAUCCUCAGCCAGUAAUAGGAAAUGUAGCAAUUCAAUAUGAUUGAAAUGUUAAAAUAGUGCUCUAAAAGAGACCAGUAGAGAAAGUAAUCACCUUCCCAUUAUUCUAAUUCAUAGGUGCAAUACAUUUAAACAUAAAAAUAACUCUUCAGACAGCAGCAACACACAAGACAUUACUAUUACAGAGUUGUCCUGACAUGCAUUUUAAAACCUAAUGAAAUUCGCAAAUAUUCAGUCAGAUUAACAACAGCUUCAAACUCCUAUAGAUUGCUACUCAAGUGGAUGAGAGCAACACUAUACAGUAACAAUAAAGGUUUAAUGGUUGUCCUGUCAGUAGUAAUUUCAUACACAUCAGAGUUAUUAAUUAGAAGUCAACUGAGUGUUGGAAAUCUUAU